UCGAAGAGAUAUGGGACCCUACCUACGAGUCAGUCCCUCUAACGUCGAAUGAUCUACUUGCUUGUACUUUUCUUUGUCGAGAUUCAGUUAGUCUUCAGUCUACCACUACGUGGGUACAAGAUCGAAAAGAAUGCAUUCCAAGUGAGAUGUCCAAGAUUAAAGGAACGAGGGUGAGAAUCGACGAGGAAUCAAUAAGAUAGAAGAUCAGUGAAUGACAAAGCGUGAGGAGAAUUAUCAACCCGAGAUGUUAGAAGGUGCAAAAUCAAUAGGUGUCGGAGCUGCUACAAUUGCUUCAGCGGGAGCUGCUAUCGGUAUUGGAAACGUCUUCAGUUCUUUGAUCCAUUCUUUGGCGCGAAAUCCAUCAUUGGCUAAACAAUCAUUUGGUUAUGCCAUUUUGGGCUUUGCUCUAACCGAAGCUAUUGCAUUAUUUGCCCCAUAUAUGGCCUUUUUGAUCUUAUUUGUAUUCUGAUCGAAUAAAGAAGGUUUCAUUCAGUCUCAUAAAGCAAGCACCUCAUUCACAUAAGAAAGUGGAGACAGGCUUGGAUACGAUCUAAAAUGAUUCCACAUGAAAGAGGACCGGGCAAUCGCCCUCUUGAGUAAUGAAGAAGCGGGCUAGUCUCCGAAAAUGCCCGUUAAUAAAGCAAGUUGGGGAACAAAAUCUUCCUU